CAAGGAAUUAUUAAUUGCAAAGGAUUUACUUAUUGUUAUAAUGAUAACUGUAUGCAAAACUUAAUUAUAAACUAAAAACAAUUGAGACAAUGGCGGAUGAAGACGAAAUUGAUGUACUUGGAGAUUUUAGCCUGGAUAAUAUCUUAACAAACGAUGGAACCAUAUUUGAUACUACAUCAUUGGUUUCGCAGAACUCUGAUAUAUUGAAUUGUGAUUACACAAUCCAUCCUCAAUGGCUUCUGGACAAACCCAGCACAAAUCCUGCAUUAUGGUACAAUAACACCACUGAUGGUGAUUUGGAGUUGACAAAGCAAUAUGAGUUUGAGCCUCACAUAACCACAGAGAAUUCAAUAACUGAUGAGAGUGGAUGGACUGAGAAGGAGAAGAACUUGCUUAACAGAGGCAUAGAGAUCUUUGGCAAAAGCAAUUUGAAUUUGUCACAAUUCAUUGGGUCAAGGACACCAGCAGAAGUUAGGUACUUCUUGAAGAACUUCUACUCUGAUGUUGAAUUAUCAUACACUCCUCUGAAUGAUGACAGUCAAUGUGUAGAAGAAACAAUUGAAUCUAGUUUUCUUGCAGAUGACACUGAUCAAAUAUUAGAGGACAGUGAGAUACCAGCAAGCAUAGAAGAGGUGAUUGCAGCUGUAUCCACAGCAAAGCCAACUGUCCCCAACAACAAAAAAUGUGUAAAUCCCAAGAAAAAGUCUUCAAAGUUGAUAAAUUACGCGAGCAUUCCCAGUGGCCAGUCAUUACUUAGAUCGAAUUACGUAAAAUCGAAAGAAGUUAAAAAGAAGAUUUUGACGAAUUCCAAUAAGAAAUCGGUUAAGUUCAAAUUCAAAACUAAACUAAAGGUGAUGGAUUCACGUAAAAAUUGCCCGAGUGGCAAGCCUUUGAAGGCUAUGAAUUACAAGCCAAUUAGGAGGAGAAGCACCAAAUCUGAGACUGAAAGUGUUAAAUCUGAAUCAAGUGAUGUACAGAUUGUGACUGGCAAUGGAUUGGCAGUCCCUGUAUGCGAAGGAGAAGAAGUGAUAAAAAUAAGGAAAGAACAUGACACAGAAAAUUCUGAUAGUGAUAUUGAGAUUGAUGUAGAAGAUUCUGAUGAUGAGACUAGCAAAAAGGUAGUCAUCAAACAAGAGGAUACUGCUGUAGUUAAAGAAAAUAUUAAAUCUGAAAAUAAAGAAAUUAAAACCUGUACUCCAAUUGAGAGUAAGUCCAUGAAGCAGGUUAGUAACGAUACGAAGAAGAAAAUUCCGGAAUUGAAAGAUUUGGAUAAAAACGUUGCUGAUGAACUAUUAACUAUGAACGAACCGAGCAGUGAAAUUGUUUUGAAUUCGGAGAUCAGUGAAGUUGAAAAGUUCAUCUUUGCCGAAUACUUUGAGGGAAGAACUGUGAAAACCCCAGCGCGUUAUUUAAAAAUUCGUAAUUAUAUAAUUAACGCUUGGAAUACAUCGAAGCCCAAUUACGUGAAGAAAACUGCGAUUAGGAACGGAUUGAAGCAGUGCGGAGACGUGAAUUGUAUUGGCAGGAUUCAUUAUUACUUGGAACAGAUCGGAGCUAUCAAUUUUGGCUGUGAACAAACCAAAUAUUAUAGACCUUUGUACGACAUGGUCAAUGUUCUGCCAGUUGUAAGAGAAAAAUCAGAAUCCGCAGUUCCAAUUCAAAAAGUAGAUUUUCCAAGACAACGAAAGAAGAAAUUUGUUAAUGAUGGAGAAGGUGGUUAUACUUUAACACACGAUGAAAGAGGUGAUAUUAUUAAUACGACCGUUGUUAAUGAGGAGCCUGCGACGAAACAGAGGACUUAUAUAAAGAAGCCGCAGAUAAGAUUAAUUUAUUGUCGGGCGUUCAAUGAUGAAGUUAAGCAACAAUACACGGUAAGAUUGAAUUUGUCUGCUUUGAUUUUGAUGGAUCUUCAUGCCCACAUGCACCUGACCGAGGUGAUGGGUCUGAUCGGUGGGAAUUGGAAUUCGCAGCAACGUGUUCUUUCUAUAGUACGUUACGAACCAUGCAAAAACAUAGCAUCUUCGUCCACCCAUUGCGAUAUGUGUCCAAUUAGUCAAGCAAGAGCCGCGGAUUAUUUGCACGACGAUAACUUGGACAUCCUCGGAUGGUACCACUCUCAUCCGACCUUCGCACCGGAACCGUCCCAACAGGAUUUGGAGACGCAGCUAUCCGUGCAACAAUGGAUCGGCAAUAAAAAGCCGUGCAUAGGUUUCAUCCUUUCGCCCUUCAGCUUGCACGGCGCUUUAAUUGCCAGCCCUUACCGUUGCCUGAUCGUCGAUAGAAAGGAGAACUUCGAAGACCAAUUCGUUCCAUACAAAUUGAAGGUGGAAUUGGUCACGGACGAGCUGGACGUCGAAGAUUUGACGAUCAAGGCCAAACGCGUUUUAGAGACGGAGAGCAGCGCGACAGGUAAAAGCCAGGUAGAUUUUACGAAGACCUAUUUCCAGGAUAAUAGCAUUACCUAUUUGGACAAGUUUAUAUACAGCGUUAAGAUGCAUUUAGCGAAAUGCUCGGGGAUAAAUAAGAUGACUUGCGAUGCCAUUACCAAUAAUUUAAGUGAACUGUGCAAUAGCAAACUUCAUUGUUCUAACAAUAGAUGAUUGAUUGUUAUUACAUUGUUUUUCUUUUGUGUGCAAAUGAAAUUAUAUUAGUUAGUAGAUCUCAAUAUUUAUUAUUUUUAUA